AGAAUCAUAUCGGAAUCAAACUGUUAACUAUCGAUAAACUGUAUUUACGGUACCAGUAUCUAAUUAAGUGACAUAUUGUGUGCUCUUACCAAUAUCAUUGACGGAGCACAAUAUAACGUGUAUAGACCAAAAAAAAAACCAAAAACCAAAAACGUGGAACUAGCUGUCGCUGAUCGAAGACAAGUCAGAACUUUUGGAUUUCAUCACUGUUGACUACAUUGAGCAAAAGAUGGUUUGUAAAAAUUGACUCAAUCCCACUGUCGAUCAACUUAACCUGGAAUUUGAUUACAGAGGUUUGUGUCUUUAAUAGACAAGCCGAGAGGCAUGAAUGAUUAACGCUAACGACUCCAGAGAGAGAAUUUGAUGUUGAGCAGGUUGAAGUUGUAGCUACGGACCUCUACCUCAAACAGGGAUCUAGUAGGCAGAAAGAACCCCGUAUACUAGUUCUAAAAGGAAGAGGUACUCCCAAAGGACAGAGUAGGCAAAAGCAUUGUACUAAAGCACCAAAAAAGAAUGGAGAAAGCAUCCGGUCAGAGAAACAAUGCCGCCAAGAAAGGCACAGACGAUAGUUGCGAAUAUAUUAUAUUUGAGAAGUUCAAUCACAAGAGUGGCAAGGAGUUUGAGUGUAUGUUCUCAGAUGGAAUGAGGUUUUACCUAGAAGAUUGCGAAUCAAAGAAAUGGCAACCAUUCCCUAAGAGAUGGUACAACGAAGGUUUAAUCAUCACAGAAAGAAUCAAAGCUAAUAAAGAAAACGGGGACAUUGAACAGAAGGAACAGAAGCAGUCUGAGGUAGCUGGGAUCAGGAUGUCAGGAUGUGGGUCCAAACUGCAAUUCUCCAGUGAUCAUGACGACAGAGAAGGCGUGCUCAAUCACCCCGAAAGAGGCCGGAUCUCUACCUUUAUAUUCCAGCGGAAGCACAACAUCCACUGCUUCUACGACCACACCCAGGGCCAGUGGAUGAGGCUGCCCAUUGGGUGGGAGCUCCAUCAUGAGAUGGUAGGUAAGCUGGUGGACCAGGUGGAGGAAGCCCUGCCCACCUGGGGGGACAGGCAGGACAUCCUGGCUCUCCUUCGGCAGUGUAACUACGACCCUGACGAAUGCAUUUCGACAUAUCGCUAUCUAGAAGGGGACCUCUGGCUAAAUCCCCCAAAAACUACUAAAGAAGCAAAAACUGCCGAAGAGAAAGAAGAAACCGUUGAAAAAACUAAACUACAGAAGGAGGUCAACGAAAAAGUAGAAGAAAUUACAUUUAAAGAAAAAGAAAACGAGGAACAGGGGGCUCCAGUAAUGGAUCUCGAACAGGAACAGAAAACAGACACGCAACUACCAAAGUCCCCUCAGGUCAACGACGAAAUAGAAGAAAAUACAUUUAAUGUAAAGGAAAAUGAACUACAGGGGACUCUAGAAAUGGAUUUCGAACAGGAACAGAAAACAGUCAUGCAACGACCAAAAUCUCUUCAGGUCAUGGAAGGAGAAGAAUUGAUUACAGAACAAGUAAAGGAAAAGAAGCGAUACUCAGCUGAAGGAGCGGGUCUCAAACAGGAAAAGAAGAAAGACACCCAAAAACCAAAAUCUCGUCAGAUGAGCCAUGAGGACAUCAUAUUUGAGACGUUCUAUCAUAAGAGCGGCAAAGAGUUCCAGUGUAUGUACCUAGAUGGAAUGAGGUUUUACCUGGACGACUGGGGGUCAAAGGAAUGGCAACCGUUCCCCAAGAGAUGGUACAACGAGGGAUUACUCAACACCAACUCAGUGGUCAAAAAACAGGAAAACGAGAAUAGACGUCGUCAACAGCAGCAACAACAGUCUUCGUCCGGGGCUGUGAAGUCCAUUUGGCUGCCCCAGGCACAGUCCUCGAGUGGACAGGAUGAUAGAGAGGGCGUGCUCAACCACCCAAAGAGAGGUCGCAUCCCCACCUACAUAUUCCAGAGAAAGCACAACGUUCACUGUUUCUACGACCACACCCAGGGCCAGUGGAUGAGGCUGUCCAUUGGGUGGGAGCUCCAUCAUGAGAUGGUGGGUAAGCUGGUGGACCAGGUGGAGGAAGCCCUGCCCACCUGGGGGGACAGGCAGGACAUAUUGGCCCUCCUACGGCAGUGUAACUACGAUCCUGACUUAUGCAUUUCGACAUAUCGCUAUCUAGAAGGCGAUGCCUGGUUAAAAUCCCCCAAAACACACUAGGAGUCAAAAGCAGCCGAAGGAAGGAAGGACGAAACCAUUGAAUAACUAGAGUUUAGGAAGUGGCGAGUGGUCAACACUAGUCAGUGAUCAGAGUGAAGAGAAUUCAAAGAGGUCAAGAUGUGGAUUCUCUUUCUGUAUUUAUUAAAACAAUAAAGUUAUUUUGACUUUGGGUAUAAAAGUAGCUAGCUAACAUUGCAGAAAACAUAUAAAUUAUUUUUGCACAUUGAUUUUUGAAUUCAUAGCCCACGUGAUGCACCAACGAACUUAUUUAAUUGUCUAUAUGUAGAUUUAUAUCCGAGUUAUUUAAUUAUUAUCCAUAAGAAGUGAGUAAAGGUGCAUAAAAUUAGUAUUUACGAUAAGGAAAACUAAUUUUCCAUAUUUGCGAAAGUUACCAUAGGUACUAGAACUUAAUGGAUGUCUGAAGUCAACCUGUGGAAGUCCUUAGAGUUAAUUAAAGUAAUUUACGCAAAGUCGACACUAGAAGUAGAAAAAAGACAGCAAUGGACAGCAAUACUUUAUUAAGUAAAUAUAGCUAUACUUGAACUCAAGUUAAUUUUCGGUCAGCUAAACACUGCAUUAAAAAUUGGUGUUUUGUCGCGAAAAUUUCAGUCUUGUAAAUUUCUGUAUGAAUUACAAUCGAUUUUCUUAAGAUAUAAAAGAAGAAAUACCUUGUCGUUGCACAUGUACUUAUUAUUAUUACCGAUGCGUAUUAUUAAUCCAAGAUACGUUUUGUUUACGAACCUUAAACUAUAGUUUACGAUUUGUUAAGUACCAUUUUCAUCUGUAAAACCAUAUUUAACGGUUGUUAACUUUUGAAUGUUUACGAUUAUAAGAUUUAUAGUUUUGGCUGCCAUAUAGUUUACUUGUGUUAUGAGUACUGUCAUUUCUAGUAGAUUGUUACAAUUUUCAGUGAAAUGACAGCUUGUGUUGUGUAAUGUCAGUGAACAGUGUUACCUAUGUCUUUUUAGUGCCGUCUAUAAUGUUAAGGAUUAUGUUUCCUCAGGGGCGAAAAAAAAUCCACUAAUAGGAACAAAAAAACUACUUAUUGUACAUUGUAGCCCCACUAUUGUGGUACUAUUUUUCACUUUCAAAUAACUAGGUCAAUGACCUACUUUUUAUGCUAGUGACCUCUGAAUGUUUAUCGAAAACUUUGUUAAAAUUUGUCAAAAUUGUCCACCCUUUCCAAGGUUUUCCUUAUUUUGUAAUUAUAAGAGAUAAUAAAACAAUUUGUUCGUCGAUAAAUGAUAAAAUACGAAAAGCUUUACUACUUUCAUAUUUUAAUAAAUCGUUUUAAGCUCAUAUGUUAAGUUUAUUUUAGUCCGAAUUUCCUCUAUCAAUUUUCAAAAUUGUACCCAUUUUUGAGUACAAAAAUAAUGACUAAUAGGAUCUCCAAACCAUUGAUUGCCUUAAACUGUCUUUAUUGCCGUUAGUCGGUUGACAUUAACAUUUAUAAGGUCAAUGAUAAAAAUUUUCGAGAUAUUUUGUCUUGAAUUGAAUAUAUGUAUUUAAAAGAAUUUUUAAAUUGCGCGUCUGCCAAUGAUAUAAAAUUGAACAGGAGUUAAUGCAACCAUAAAAUAUGUAAAAUGGUAUGAAAAACUCAUAAAAACUUAACUUUUGCAAUUACAUUGCAACAAAAAAGUUUUUGAGAGAAAAUAAGAAAAAUUAAAAAAAUAGUCCGAAUUUCCUUUGUUUCAAUAUUAAUCUACUUUUGUCGUAGCAUAUCUUCCUCAAAUAAACAAAAGAUGGAUAUCAAUAUCGAUAUUUGUUAAUAACAUUGUUAUUUUGUGAUUUUAAAACAACUUUAGACUUCAGGUUUUGAACUUUGUAAAAAUAUUUUGCAUAUAUGCUGUAAACGUUCACUCCAUGCUUUCAUUCCAUGCUGUAAAUUGUCAGUACAUGUUAUAAAGUGACAAUACAUUGUACAUGCUGUUAUAUAUUUGUCAGUUUAUAUCUAUGUGAACAAAAAUCUGUUGAUGGGAAAAUCUUAAUAACUUUGAGAACAAGUAUAUACUUUUGUUUGAUUAUACCCCCCGCAAAGAAAGUUUGGGGGGGGGGUAUAUAGGAAUCACCUUGUCCGUCCGUCCGUCCGUCCGUCUGUCUGUCCGUCCGUCCGUCUGUCUGUGCAAUCGUGUCCGGUCAAUAUCUUUCUUAUAGAGAAACAUUGGAAGUUCUUACUUCACACAAAGAUUGCUUAUGACCUAAGGGUGUGUCAUGAUCUUGAGCCAAGGUCAUUUGGGCAAGGUCAAGGUCACUGGUAGAAAAAAAAUGCAAAAUUUAUGUCCGGUCCAUAUCUUCCUUAUGGAGAAACAUUGGAAGUUCUUAUUUCACACAAAGAUUGCUUAAAACCUAAGGGUGUGUCAUGACUUUGACCCAAGGUCAAUCGGGCAAGGUCAAGGUCACUGGCAGAAAAAGUGCUAAAUUCUGUCUUCGUCAUGUCUUGUAUUAAUGGAAAUAUUAGAAGCUAAAAUUUGACACAAAGCUUGCUCUUCUCAGGCCACACAAAAUUAUUUUUAGAUUCUCAUCCCCAUCUCCCUGAAAAUGGCCUGCCCCGAUGAAAUUUUUCUUUGGGAAAAAGAAGUGUGGAAGUUUUUUUUUUGAAAAAAUCGGGCUUAGUUUACCAAUAAUUCAAAAUGUUUUAAUAUUAAAUGGCUGCUUGACAUGUGGAUUUCGUUUGAUACGAGUCAUGGUUGUUAACAGAAGGAUGCAAAUGUCCUCAUGCAUAAACAGUUAAAUUAAAAUAAAAUGGGAUUAAAGGAUAGAAAUUGCUUUGUUUACUACUACCUGUAUUAGCAUUAACAGUUUUAAAAAAUAGAGCAGUUGUUAUUUAUAGAAAAUGGGCAGUGAAAUAGAUUCAUCCAGUAUUUUCUAUAAUAACAUAAAUACACGCGUUAUAAUUUUUUUCUUAGCGGGGGGUAUCAGUUGUGAGCUUGCUCACAGUACCUCUAGUUUGAUUUUUACAUCGAUAUUUUUUUUAAAAAGUCCCAUCUUCAUGAUAAAGCUGUUGUAUCGUUGUUUAGAGUUUAGUAGGUCUUAUGUUUUAAGCAAUAAAAAGAUUUCAGUUUUAAACUUGUGUUUUCGCUCUCAGCAAUUUUGUAUGUCAGUUAACAGAAUUGAGUAGUUAGUUUAGAUAAUAGCUGCAUUAAUUUUUUUAAAAAAGCCCAAGAAAGAUGUGUGAUAGAGAAGGUGGAAGUUGUCUAUUCUUCAAUGUUGGUUAAAGUCUAUGAACUGAGACAAUCGCUGUACAGUGAGUUUUCAGGCUUUCCCACUGUACCAGUACACAAGGUUCACAGUUUUGGCUAUCACUUUAUGCUGCUUAUUAUGUAAACGGUCAUUUCCUGUAAACCUCCAAAUCUUUAUAUAAUUUAAGUAGUUUGAUAAAUUUAAAGUGACAGCCUGUGUUGUGAUUUUUUAGUGCAAUUGUAUAAACUUAAUCUUCUUACAGCUGUCUAUAGUGUUAAUAUUAUAUUGAAAUACGUUGUGAACUGUCAAUCGAUAAGCAUUUUAAAAAAAUCCAAUGCACAAUUUUAUCGUUUGAGCAUGCUAGUGCAAAUACAUGUGUACGUGAUGUUAAAAAGUUAAAAAUACUAAGUGAAGAAACUUGGCAGGGUGUAGAAAUGAGUACCAAUUAGUUUUACGUAGAUGGUCUUCAUUAAUCACCAUUACUGAUACAUGUAUUCAAUUCAUAUAAUCGGUUCAGGUGUCUUGAAAAAAAACUUA